AUGGGUUGGAUGACAUGGGAACGCUACCGAUGCAUCACCGACUGCAGUACCUCGGGCCCGUCCCACUGCAUCAAUGAGCAGCUUAUCAAGGACAUGGCCGAUCGGCUUGCAAAGGAUGGAUGGCUCGAAGCUGGCUACAAGCAGGUGAGCAUCGAUGACUGCUGGGCACUCCCCGAGCGCGACGAGAAGGGUCAGCAAGUGGCGGACCCCACGCGAUUUCCUUCGGGCAUGGCCGCUUUAGGAAAAUACAUCCAUGAUCGCGGCCUCCUUUUCGGGACCUACAGCGACAUCGGCUCCAAGACCUGCGCUGGAAAAGUGGGCCUCCAGGGCCACUUUGACGAGGAUGCCCGCCUGUUUGCAUCCUGGGGGGUGGACUACAUCAAAGUGGAUGGUUGCUACGAAGAACUCAAGGACAUGCAAGCUGAUUAUCCUGCCUUUGGGGCAGCUUUGAACAGAACCGGACGGCCGAUAGUCUACAGCUGCAGCUGGCCUGCGUACCUGCCCCAUCAUUGCGAAGGAAGUGAUGCUUGCAUGGCCUCUUUAGUGGAAAACUGCAACCUCUGGCGCAACUACGGGGAUGUUGAUGACAGCUGGCAGUCUGUGACUGGCAUUGUUAACUUCUGGAAGAGGCGGAACAGCAGUGAUGAAAUGGUUCGAGCAGCUGGACCCGGACACUGGAAUGAUCCUGACAUGCUGAUUGUGGGCAACUUUGGUUUGUCGCAGUCAGAAGAGCAGACCCAGUUCGCUUUGUGGGCCAUUUUUGCUGCGCCGCUCUUCAUGUCCAAUGACCUUCGAAUGAUAUCGGCAGAAUCCAAAGAGAUUCUCCAGAACCGGGAAGUCAUUUCUGUGAACCAGGAUGUUCUGGGCAAGCAGGGCUUCUGCGUGGCCGGUUGUGAUGGAGACUUGCGGGUUUGGGUGCGCGAGCUUUCAGGCCAGGAAGCAGCAGUGGUUCUUCAAAAUGCCGGCACGGGCGGGGAUGGUAGCAACAUCACCGUCGAUUCUUCCAUGAUCUCCUGGUUUCCUGAACGCUCUACCUUUCUGGCCCGGGACCUCUUUGCAAAGACCGACUUGGGAGUCUUUCCGGGGCACGUGACGCUCUUUGUCCACGUAAGCUCUUGCAGGAUGCUGAAACUGUCGCAGCAGAAGCAGGUGCAGGGCAUCACCAUUUGA